CCAGCGCAAGAGCAGCAGUCUGGACGGAACACUCAGCUUGCAGCAACGUUGGCAGAAUCAGACACCUCCGAUCUCGUCACCGAAGUCCACAUUCCCAACGACCCCAACGGCGUAAUACCGAAAGAUCAUCCUGCAUUGUCCAUACUGGGCAACAGUAGUCUGGUGAUCCAGCGGCAGCUCGAAAUGAUGAAUGUCAUGCUGGGCUUCGAGCAAGCGAAUCGGUACAUCAUCAUGGACGGACAAGGCCAGACGUUGGGUUACAUCGCCGAGCAGGAUCAUGGUAUUGGGAGCGCGAUGGUCAGACAGCUGGCGAGGACGCAUCGCAGUUUCACAACCCACAUAUUCGAUGCGCAGGAAAGAGAAGUGUUGCGGAUACACCGACCCUUCACGUACAUCAAUUCGCGCAUUCGCGUGUACGACCCGGUGCCAGAGGGUGGAUACGCCGAUACAGACACAUCGACUGCUCUACAAGGAGUAUCAGCCAGUUCAGCAAUGAACCAGGGUGCUGUAGCGCAGAUCUCGCCGUACAAAUUGACCGAGAUGUGCAUCAUCGGCGAGGCACAGCAGCAAUGGGCACCACUACGACGGAAGUACAACCUCUUCACGUAUCGCGCCCUCGAGCCGUCUCCCGAACAAUCAACUACGCAAAGACUAGAAUCGGGGGACCGGCCCAACACCGAAACCACAGCUCUAACCGAAAGCAACGCCCCCGAUCGAGCGAUCGAAGCAGGAAUGUCCCAAUUCGCACACGUCAACGAGCCCUUCCUGUCAUGGGACUUCACGCUCCGCGACGAAGAGCAAAGCACCAUCGGAAGCGUGAAUCGCAACUUCGUGGGCUUUGCUCGAGAAAUCUUUACGGAUACUGGCGUCUAUGCUCUGCGCAUGGACAGCGCGGCGCAGACCAGUGCACUGCAAUCUGCUGAUGGACAGGAGAUUGAGAGAUACCAGCGGGAUGCAACGGCGAUGACUUUGGAUCAGCGGGCGGUGAUGCUAGCGACCGCCGUGAGCAUAGACUUUGACUACUUCUCGCGACAUUCACACGCAGGCGGACACGGCUUCAUGCCCAUCUUCUGGCCAAUGGGUGGUGGUGCCGCGGCCGAAGGAGGGGCUGCGGGAGCCGGUGCCGGUGCUGGUGCCGCUGGAGGAGCCGCAGCAGAGGGAGCCGCCGGCGUAGGUAUCGCGGAGGGCGCAGCAGGCGCAGCGACUGGUGCAGCGAGUCGAGGACUAGGAACAGGCGCCGGCGCGGCUGCGGAAAGCGGAAUCGCGGGCGCCGGCACCAUGGCUGGGUAUGAGGCAAUGCAGCGAGGAGUAUACGGCUCGGGAGGCCGGGCGGCGGACGACGCGAGCCCGCAGGCCAACGAGCCGUUUCAGAAUCCGCAGAGCCAGGAGCAAAUGGAGAAUCGACCGGGCAAUGACGAAGUCUGGGGGGAGAACCAGGAUCCCUGGGGCGGAGGCGGGCCGGGAGAUCCCCCGUCACCGGGCGCUGGAGGCGGUGGAGGCGGCGAAGGAGGCGGCGGC